AACUAACUACUCACACAAACUCAAUGGCACUUCAGAAAAAUCUGCUGGUUUGCAAAAAUCUGCUGAUUUGCGCCCCAAUAGAAUGUGGAAGCGUGGAAGAAACAUUGGCUUCCAUGGACAAAGCCAAGGCAGAAGGUGCAGACAUUGUGGAGCUUCGUCUUGGUUCCAUGUCGUUUUCUCACAUUUCCCAACUUCAGAACCUCAUCAACCAAAGAACUCUCCCCACAAUUCUCUCUUUAAGAGUCAACGAAUCAACGAACGGUGGCAAAGUUGAUUCCAUUUCCAAGAACACUGGCUUGCAAGUAUUGAGAGUGGCACUCCAACUAGAUGUAGAAUUCGUUGAAAUAGAUUAUGAGGUGGCUUCUGAUAUCAUUAUGAUUGAAAACGACAAGCCUUCCAAUAGUCAAAUUAUUGUAUCAAGCUAUGUAAAUGGUGAGAGACCUUCAAGAGAGAGACUUGGUAAUCUGAUUGCUUGUAUGCAAUCAACUGGAGCAGAUGUGGUCAAACUCAUAGUUGAAGUAAAUUACAUCACAGAAGUAGCUCCAAUUCUCCAAAUGCUUACUCAUUCUCAGGUUCCUUUAAUUGCUACAGCAGUGGGUAGUAGAGGUCUUAUAAGCCAACUAUUAGCCCCAAAAUUUGGUGGAUUUCUAGUCUAUGGUUGUCUCAAAAGCCAGACAAUUCCUGGCAUACCAACUUUGCUUAGCCUUAAACAAGUUUAUAAACUUGACCAUGUAAAUCCAUGGACAAAAAUUUUUGGCCUCGUUUCGAAUCCGGUCAGCCAUAGUAAAAGCCCUCUUCUACACAAUUAUGCCCUUAGACAUAUCGGAUACAAUGGAAUUUAUGUUCCUUUGCUGGUUGAUAAUCUCAAGGAAUUCUUCAGAACCUAUGAAAGCAUGGACUUUGCAGGUUUCAGUGUUGGAAUACCACACAAGGAAGCAGCGGUGGCGUGUUGUGACGAAGUCCAUCCGCUCGCUAAGUCCAUAGGAGCUGUAAAUACCAUAGUAAGAAGGCCAACUGAUGGAAAGCUGGUUGGUUACAAUACAGAUUGUAUGGCUUGUAUCACUGCAAUAGAGGAUGCACUAAGAGAAAGAGAAGUUGAGAAUGGGGGUAUAUCGCAUUCUUCUCCGAUAGCAGGGAAGAUAUUUGUUUUGGUGGGAGCAGGAGGAGCAGGAAGAGCACUGGCAUUUGGAGCCAAAGAAAGAGGAGCUCGGGUUGUCGUUUUCAACCGAAAAUUUGAGAGAGCAAAAGCUCUAGCAGCAGCGGUUUCCGGGGAAGCUCUUCCGUACGAGUGUUUAGACAGCUACUGCCCCGAGGAUGGGAUGAUACUUGCAAAUGCUUCUGCCAUUGGCAUGGAACCGCAUACAGACAGAAGUCCCGUUCCAAAGGAGGCUUUAAGGGCGUACAAGCUGGUCUUCGACGCGGUUUACACUCCUAGAAUUACGCGGCUCUUGCGCGAGGCAGAGGAGGUCGGGGCCAUUGUGGUGAGUGGAGUUGAGAUGUUCAUCAGGCAGGCCCUUGGGCAGUUCAAAUUGUUCACUGGCGGCCCCGCUCCUGAAGAUAUCAUGCGCAAGUUGGUUCAAGAACAGUUUUGAUAUAUUAGUGGUAAACACAUGUGGGAGAUUUAUGAAAGAGUAAAGUAAUCCAGGUUACAAUCCACUAUUUAUGUACAAAGUUAAUAAAAGAAAAAAAAAAGGUGGGGGUGGGGGUGGCAAGUAGUCAAUUGCAAGCACCAUAGGAGUGGUUGCACGUGUAUGAGUAAUUGAGGGGAGAAUUUUUGAUACUAGAAAUUAGAGUCACUUGCUAAUUGUUAUGAUCUUCUUUACUCUCAUAAACUAGUGUCACAACAAUAGAAAUCUCAAAACAUUGUAUGUAAAUUGUGAUUGAUGGA